AGAGUGACGCGCCGGAUAUGCUUGUUGCUGAAGGUGGAGCUACUCUCUGGCAGGUCAACUACGAUCAUUGUAGGGAUCAUGGUUUUCCACAUGGCUGUUCGCUCCAACCCAAUCUUACGGAAAACAAAUUUGGCUGUGUGUAGAGCGUGGAGGUCAUGGAAGUUAAGGCUUAACUCCUCAACAACUUGUGCGUCUUCUGGUCCUGGUUCCCUGGACAGAGCCGAAGAACUGUCUUCAGUUUCCACAGAAAAGCCUCCUCACACGCCUGUCAUGCUCAAAGAGGUGCUUCAAUACUUAGACAUCCAACCAGGGCAGGUGGUCCUGGACAUGACAUUUGGAGGUGGUGGUCAUACCAAAGCGAUACUGAAUAUGGUGCCUGAAGUCACAGUCCUGGCCUUAGACCGAGAUCCUACAGCCAUUUCUCUGGCCGAGCAGUUUGCAAAGGAACACUCUGGCCGCGUGAAGCCAUUGCUUGGCCGAUUCAGCGAGCUUGAGGCCCUGCUGUCCAGCGUGGACAUUAAGCCAGGCAGCAUUGAUGCUGUCCUGUUGGACGCUGGCUGCUCCUCCAUGCAGAUGGAUCAGGCGGAGAGAGGCUUUGCCCUCAGCAAGGAUGGGCCCUUGGAUAUGAGAAUGGAUGGAGAGAGGUACCCCGACAUGCCCUGUGCUGCUGACGUUGUGAAUACCUUAGAUCAACAGGCUCUUGCAUCCAUCCUCACUGCAUAUGGGGAAGAAAGACACGCCAGGAAAAUAGCUUCAGCCAUUGUGAAGGCACGCCGUGUCAACCCCAUCACCCGGACACAGCAGCUGGCCAGCGUGGUGGCAGGAUCGUUUCCUGCAGCUGUUCUCUAUGCACGUAAAGACCGACUCCACCGACCAGCACAUGUUGCCACUAAGACUUUCCAAGCUCUGCGUAUCUUUGUGAAUGAUGAGCUGAAUGAAUUACACGCAGGUCUACGUGCUGCCCGAUCGGCUCUGGCGCCUGGAGGACGUCUCUGUGUGAUCACCUUUCAUUCGCUUGAAGACAGACUGGUCAAAAGUUUCCUCCAGAGAGACGACUUGUCUAAUGUAGAUCACUUCAGCCCGAAGAAACAUGGCAAACAGAAGGAAAAAAUGGCAGAUGAUGUAAAAGGUUGUGGAAGUGCUUAUUGGCUUCCUCUGCAAAAAAAAGUGAUCAACCCAGAAAAGGACGAUGUACAAGAGAAUCCUCGAGGGCGCUCUGCUAAACUGAGGGUGGUACUCAGACGUUAAUUUUGAUAGAAUAGAAAGACAAACUUUUUACAAUUCAAGGAAGUUCAGCAGAGGGUGGAGCUGUAGUCAUAGAGCAACUUUCCACUUUGUCUUUUUUUUAUCUUGACUGUAACUGAACUUCUUUUC